AUGUUAUCAUUAAGCUACCUUGUUGGUAUUGCAAGUGCUUUAGUUUUUUUAUUAUUAUUAGUAGGGUUAGGCUUGCCGAGCAUUUAUCCUGACAACGAAAAGCUUUCGGCUUAUGAAUGUGGAUUUGACCCCAUAGGAAGUGCUCGACUACCUUUUUCACUUCGGUUCUUUUUAGUUGCGAUUUUAUUUUUAUUAUUUGAUUUAGAAAUUGCCUUAAUUUUGCCAUACCCUAUAGGUUUGCUUUAUAGUAAUCAUAUUUUUUUUAAUUAUUGGUUGGUUAUACUAUUAAUUAUUGUUUUAACUUUCGGUUUAAUGUAUGAAUGAUUAAAAGGGGGUUUAGAGUGAAUAGAAUAA